CCGACUUUUUUUUCGAAUUCCGACUUUUUUUUUAAAAUUCCGACUUUUUUUUCGAAUUCCGACUUUUUUUUUAAAUUCCGACUUUUUUUUUAAUUCCGACUUUUUUUUUCGAAUUCCGACUUCUUUUUUUAAAUUCCGACUUUUUUAAAAUUCCGACUUUUUUUAAAUUCCGACUUUUUUUUUCGAAUUCCGACUUUUUUUUUUAAAUUCCGACUUUUUUAAAAUUCCGACUUUUUUUUCAAAUUCCGACUUCUUUUAAUGUCAGAAUGAGGGUUAUUCUUUUUCAAAAUCACACCAACAUGGCCGUUCGUCUCUUAUGUUGUGUUUGCGUACUCUAUUUAAUCAUUAUCACGACGACAUGUUUCGCCGUUACUCUUCAUGAAUAUCUACCACUUUCGGAACUAGGUGAAGGUUCCAGAGAGAGUUAUAUACAAAAAUACUUCAAUCUUGGCUUUCCUUAUGAAGAAAUUUUGGUGUUUCUUUCGAAGUUUCACGGAAUUAUACUCAGUCUUCGCCAGUUGAAACGACUACUCAAGACAAUGGGGUUGCGACGCCGAAAGGUAUGCAGUUCAGUGUACGAAGUUGUGUCUGAGGUAGAAAGGGAGUUACGUGGAAGUGGUAGUUCAAUCGGGUACAGAGCAAUGCACAAGAGAUUGACGGUGGAUUACAAUCUAGUUACAGACAGGGAAACAGUCCGUCAGGUCCUAAAAAUUGUAGAUCCUGCAGGGGUUAUAUAAUUCGUUAUUCGUCUGACACUCAGGCUAGCAGGGGUUGAAAGGCGUUCGAAACACCGAUUAAAGAGACGAUCGUACAAAGUGAAAGGACCCAAUUAUAUUUGGCACGUAGAUGGCUAUGAUAAACUCAAGCCAUUUGGCUUUUGUAUACACGGUGCCCUGGAUGGCUACAGCAGGCGAGUUCUGUGGUUAGAGGUUGGCCCUUCCAACAACGAUCCAAAGGUAGUAGGACAAUAUUAUAUAGACUAUAUUCGUCAAAUUGGUGGAGCUCCCCGCAUAGUCCGUGCAGACUGUGGAACUGAAAAUGUGCACAUUGCCGCAAUGCAACGAUUCUUCAGGUCUUCAGCUGAUGAUGACUUUGCAGGGGACAAAAGUUUUAUGUACGGAAAGUCAACAUCCAAUCAGAGAAUCGAAGCGUGGUGGUCUCAGUUACGAAGAAGUUGCUCUGACUGGUGGAUAAAAUAUUUCAAGGAUCUCAGAGAUUCAGGGGUUUACCGUGAUGGGCAAAUUAUGGACGAGCAGUGCCUAAAGUUCUGCUAUAAUAACAUCAUCAAAAAUGAACUAUAUAAAGUUGCCAGACACUGGAAUAUUCAUUGCAUAAGACCUAGCACCAACGCAGAGUGCCAGAGUCCCCCUCCGGUCGACCAGAUACCUUGUAUUUUCUUCCCGAGGUAAAUGAAACCCGCGAUUACAAAACGGGAGCAAGUGUUGCAGACAUAGACGUUGCAGAAGAAAUGUGCUGUAUGCAAAAUCCGCCAAACGGCUGCGAACCCGAGUUCAACGAAUUAGCUGCAAUUAUAAUGAGAGAAAAUCGCCUACAAAUGCCGACAACAGUAGAUGAGGCAGAGCAGUUGUAUGUGGAGUUAUUACAUCAAAUUGAAAGCACGUGACAUUAAAAAGAAUUAAAUAGUUACCCGGUGUUGCCCAGCCAAAUAAUUAUCUACUCGAUGAUUAAGCCUAGUUUCCAUUUGGUCGUUAGUUGUCGCUGGUACGACAAGCAGUAGAUGUGAAAUAGUCUAAUACUAGAAGUUACUAUCGCAAGGAAAUUGCUGCCUCACCCCCAAGGGAUAGCGCCAUGCCCAAUUUGCUGAAUAAGGGACUGUUUAUAAGAUCCCGCUUUGCCAGGACGAGACAUGAGGCGGGAUGAUUUCG